UCGACUAGAUCCUCCCACAAAAAAUAAGAGUGACUCGAUAUUCGUUUGUUGGCCCGUGGUUAUGUGUGUGUGUGUGAGCGAGAGCAGCAGGAGGAAGACUGGUGGCUUUCUUUAGCGCUGACGGGGACGGACAGAAAACAAUACCGAAUACGUGGUCAUACCCGAUUCACUCUGCUGCUGACUCGCGCCGGUCAAUAAAAGUUCACUUUUGGGAGACGUAAAAAUGGGGAUCCGCAAAAAGACCAACAAGAACCCGCCGGUGUUGAGCCACGAGUUUAUCAUCCAGAACCAUGCAGAUAUUGUGUCCUGUGUUGCUAUGGUGUUCCUCCUCGGGUUGAUGUUUGAGGUCACCUCGAAGGUUGCAGUGCUGUUCAUCACUGUCCAAUACAACAUUACCAUCUCUGAAAACGAGGGCCUGCCAGAGGAGAGUGUGGUGAACCACUUCCACCACGGUCUGAAGGAUGUGGCUACGGUCUUCUUCUACAUGCUGGUGGCCAUCAUUAUCCACGCCAUCAUUCAGGAGUAUGUUCUGGACAAAAUCAACCGGAAGAUGCACUUCUCUAAGACCAAGCACAGCAAGUUCAACGAGUCAGGCCAGCUCUCUGCCUUCUACCUGUUCUCCUUCGGAUGGGGAACCAACAUCCUCAUGUCGGAGAACUUCCUGUCCAACCCAGUGAAUCUGUGGGAAGGCUACCCCCAUACCUUAAUGCCGUUUCAGAUGAAGUUCUUUUUCAUCUGUCAGAUGGGCUACUGGCUUCACGCUCUGCCCGAGCUCUACUUUCAGAAGACCAAGAAGGAGGAUAUUCCUCGUCAGCUGGUGUAUAUCGCUCUGUACUUGGUCCACAUCGCAGGAGCCUACAUCCUCAAUCUGAAUCGUCUGGCUCUGGUCCUGCUGGUGUUGCACUGCUUCGUAGAGCUCCUCUUCCACGUGUCCCGCCUGGUCUACUUCAGCAACGAGAAGAGACAGACUGGGUUUACUGUCUGGGCAGUACUGUUUGUUCUUGGACGGCUGCUCACCCUGUCCCUGUCUGUCCUGACUGUGGGUUUCGGCCUGGCCAACGCUGAUCAACAGGUACUGGACCUGGCUAUCGGAAACUUCAACGUGCUCUUUGUUCGGAUCACUGUGCUGGCGACCAUCUGUGUGACUCAGGCCUUCAUGAUGUGGAAGUUCAUCAACUUCCAGCUGAGGAGGUGGAGAGAGCAGGCCCAGGCCCAGCCCGUGAAACCCAAGAAGCCCCAAGCUCCCAAGAGCAAGUCUAAGAAAGACAAAGCCAAUGGAGUGAACGGAGUAAGUUCCAACGGAGCUGAUUCGCCGAGAUCAAAGAAAGAGAAGUCCUCAUAAAGUCCCCUCCAACCCCUACCCACCCCAAAAAGACUCCCUUAUAUCCUGUCCUCCUCAACCCCUACCCACCCCAAAAAGACUCCCUUAUAUCCUGCCCCCCCUCAACCCCUACACACCCCAAAAAGACUCCCUUAUAUCCUGUCCCCCCUCAACCCUCCAACCCCUACACACCCCAAAAAGACUCCUAUAUCCCUGUCCCCCUCCAACCCCUACCCACCCCAAAAAGACUCCCCUAUAUCCCUGUCCCCCUCCAACCCCUACCCACCCCAAAAAGACUCUCCUAUAUCCCUGUCCCCCUCCAACCCCUACCCACCCCAAAAAGACUCCCCUAUAUCCUGUCCCCCUCAUGCUGCAUCCAGCCUUCUCAAGCCACUGCUCUAGCUGUUGUCAACAGCCCAAUCCCAAAUCCACCCCUAGACCCUAUACCAGGGAGCAUCAACUAGUUUCAGCCGCAGGCCAAGUUUUUUUUCUUCUUGAGCGGAUGGUCAGGGGGCCGGAACAUAAUUACAAAUCAUUUGUAGACUGCAAAUUGACCGCAUCAAACCCAAACAGAUAUAAUAUUUGACUAAAACAUAAUAAUUUCAAACCUUGUUUACGUUCGUAUACAAUCACUUUGGAACAUUAUUUCUAAAAUGUAAAAUGACUUGGAGCUGAUUGGCUGGUGUUUCUAGUCUUAUGUCCAACACUAAAAAAAUACAAAUAAAAUGGGCCUCCAGUUGGGGAACCCUGGCCCCCCUAAGCACUUCUGGAGAUCAAAAUGUAUUGAAUUGGUAUAAGCAGUAUGGUGAAACUUCAACCUAGAUCUUAUCAUCUGAAGGACUACAGCUCCUCCCAGUAGGACUACAAACUCCACAAUGCAUCUCUGCUUUAUCUGCUCCUUGCCAAUCUCAAGUGAUCCCGAUGUUUUUUUUUCUCCCAUUAUCGUCACGUGCCAUUACUACAGAAAAAGAAAAUAAUAAUACAAAAAAAUAUAUAUAUAACUUAUUUAAGUGCCUAUUGAUACAGAUUGUUUUGUACAGUUUUAAAAUUUCAGGAAUGAUGGAGAAGAAAAAGAAAUCAGUGUUUUCAGUUUCUAAAGUCAAACAUUUCAUAUGCCAUUUUUUUUUUCCCUUCCAACAUUUUCAUUUAUCAGACUGUAUGACAUUCUGUUUCUUUAACAAAAAGGGCUUCUUGAAUUCAUUCCCAUCUGUUUGGAAUCACGAGCAGAGAAACUCCAUGCACCUGCCUACUUUCCCUCAGUCUGUAUCAGAGGUUUUAGUUACAUCGUUCUUCUUACCUUUUCCAGUAGUUGAAACGGCUUCAUUCCCCCUUGUUUCCUUUCCUUCAUCAACACAAGGGUUUUACUAGACUGGAUGGGAUUCAUUGCUUUCCCACCACAGUGCUUUAACCUACCAGUGUGUGUGUGUGUCCCAAGUGCCAUUCUUAUUCCCAAUAUAGUGCUCCACUUUUGAUAUAAUAUAGUGCUCCACUUUUGUAUUGGUCGUGGUCAAAAGUAGUGCACUACAGAAGGAAUGGGGUUCCAUCUGAGUCCCAGACAUUCUCUCAGGACACUGGCAGUGAGAACGCAGGACAGGGAACAAGGACAGGAAGCCAUUCUAGAGAAUUUAGAGUUUUAAUUUGCUUUUCAAGCCUUUUGCGUUGGUGCUGUAAAAAACGGGUGCCUGUUUUACGUCUCUGUUUAAUAUGCAUCCUUCCUGUGGUCUUUUCUUCCCUGAAACAAUCGCUGAUCUGACGUGGUUGGACAGGGCUGUUUAGCCCAAUCCAGCCAAUGGUAGGAUCAGUGGUCACUCUCUGUGGAGGGAGGAAGCUAUUAUUGAUGUGCAUCCUAAAUGACACCCUAUUACACACACACACACACACACACACACACACACACACACACACACACAUAUAUAUAUAUAUAUAUAUAUAUAUAUAUAUAUAUAUAUAUAUAUAUACAUACAUGCAUGCAUACAUUAGUGCACUACUUAUGACCUCAGCCCAUUGUCUCUGUACACUAUAAUAGGGAAUAGGGUGCCAUGACCACUGCCCAUAUAUAUAUGUGUCAUUUGGGAUACAACUGUGGAGUUAUGUUGUUUUUAGAGAUAAUCUAGAGUGCCUACCAAGGCACUGACAGGAUAUGUUCCCUAUAUCUCUCUCUUCAGAUCUACAUGAAGGGCUGUGAGCUAAAUGGCACCCCAUUUCCCUAUAUAGUGCACUACUUUUUGACUAGGACUCGGGUGUAAAGUAGUGCACUAUAUAAAGACAAUUAGGGUGCCAUUUGGGAUGUCGACAUUGUAUUUAUGUCUCCUUUGACCACGUCCACGAGAAUAUAAUUUUGUUGUUGAAGACAUUAUGGAUAAAGAAAUGUUUCGUUGUUCUGUUUUUAUGCCCUUUUUUUAAAUUUUAACUGAACGUGCCAAAUGCUAGUUCUCCUCAUGACCCAGGGCAUAAAACCCACCCUGGCGCUUUACUGUUGUUCAACAUGCCCACUCGUUGCCAUUAAACAUUAUUUACACAAAAGAAA